UGUGUCCGCUCCCACUGCCAUCGUACCUGGCUGGCUGGCUUGUGGAGCAGCUCUUCCCUCCAGCUGCUGCUGGGUUGCUGUCCCGGUGGCUGUCGGGGGUGGAUAUGCUGAGCUGAGGGCCUGUUCUGGAGGGCUGCAAAUAGCAGAAGCGAUGGAGAAUGGUUUCUUUUACUCGGAUCCUCAUUCAGUGAAGGGCUUAAGAAGUAUUGUCCAAUACUGGAACCGUACAGCUUCUUGUUGGCGCUGCUCCUUCCUCAAAUGGCCUAAAAAUUGCCACUUAACAGUGUAAUCUGUGCUAUCUGUAGAGGGAAUUGGCGCAUCCACUGAACUUUACAUAUCUUCAGUCAUGCACAAGCCAGCUGCCAGUGUCACUGUCCUGGAGCUGGUUCUGUUGCUUUGCAAAUCCUUCGCGUCUUGUCCUUAACCGUCUGGCACAGGGAACAUGAUGGCUGCGCUACAGGCAGCUCUGAAGAACCCUCCUAUCAACACAAAGAACCAGGCAGUGAAGGAUCGUGCAGAAAGUAUUGUCCUGAAGGUCCUCAUCUCUUUCAAAGCCAACGAUAUUGAGAAGGCGGUGCAGUCGCUGGACAAGAACGGUGUUGACCUGCUAAUGAAGUACAUCUACAAGGGCUUUGAGAGCCCCUCUGACAACAGCAGCGCUGUGCUGCUGCAGUGGCACGAGAAGGCCCUGGCUGCUGGAGGAGUAGGGUCCAUUGUCCGCGUUUUGACUGCCAGGAAAACGGUUUAAAUCCAGCAGCGAGCGGUCGUCUGCCAUCCACGGCAUGGGAGAUGCUGGUGCAAAACCCAACCCACCAAAUGCCAUUGCUGCCCUGGGGGCAGUGCCUGUCUCUCAGCUUGCCUUCUCGCUGCUUCUUUCAUACCUUGACAAAUAACGCAUAUCGUGAUCUCUUUUUUUGUUAAAUUCUGGAAAAUGAUGAAGGUGCAAUUUUAUUUCUAACAGGAAUAUUUGGUACUCGUGAACAUUUCAGUGACAUGUAUGGAGACAUCCACAACUUCACGUUUAGGAUGAUUUGCAUUUGUGUGUAAUUAUGGCAGAUUUUGGACCUGACUUUCCAAGCAAAUGCUGAGGGACUUAGGGCAAUGUCUUAAUUCUUUUCGCUAGCCAUGCAGUGUUCUGAUGCAAGAUCUGUAUUUGAGAAGUGGGGCAGCUAUUAAUAUAGGUAACUGGACCAUGUUUCCUUUGGUCAACCUCUGAACCUACAGCCGUGAUUAGGGCAGAAAGCAAGGGCUCCCUUCCGACCCCGAUUAUCAUUCCAGAGAGCUGAGCAUUUUCCUUAACCUCACAUCUUCACGGCCUCUUCUGGUUCCCCGUGAUCAGUCCAAUGCUGGGGCUGCAGCGGCAAAGUCCCAACGGGAUGAAGUUGUCCAUCAUGCAGUUUGGAUGGUAGAAUUUAAAAGGUUGAUGGUCCAUUUACGCUGGUGCCCAGCCCAGUGAACUCCUUUGUUCUGGGGAGCAAAGAUCCUGAAGAGAAGACGAAAAAAGCAGCUUUCGUACAACAAAUCACGUUUCAGCAACUUGAAAGUGAUUUGAUUUUGUCAAGCACAACGUAGCAGCUGCCUGGGGUAACCUGAUACACCCAUACUGGUAUCCACACCAUCCUUGCAGAGCUCCUGUUUUGUUUCCUAGGAGUGUAGGAUCUUAAAUGAUCCCAGACAGUUCACAUUCCCGUUGGUGCCACAGCCUGUUAGCUAGUGCACAAAUCCUGUUCCAACGUGAAGAAUUAGGAAAGCCCAGGACAUCCCAGACCACAGAUCACCCUUGAAGGUUUAGGGCCAGAACUGAAAUAACAUGUGUUUUACAUUCACCCUUUUACUGCAGUUCAGUUGUGUAAAACUGUUGGGGAAACUUGUGAAAUCUUUGCUGUUUUUUGAUAUCUGCUUUUUUUGUAAUAAUAAUAAAGGCCAGACAAUAAAUCGUCACUGAAUUAUUUA